UAUGAUGUAGUGGCUUUACAAGAGUUAUGGGUUUAUCAUGAUUUUUGUGUUAUUAGAGAUCGAGCUAAAGAAGGUGGAUUGAUUUAUAGUAAAUGGUUUCAUAGUGCUGCUUUAGGUGCUGGUCUGGCGAUCCUUUCUAGAUAUCCGAUUAUCGAAAGUCAUUUUUAUGCAUACGCUUUGAAUGGUCAUGCAUUACAUUUUAUUGAAGGGGAUUUCUUUGUGGGUAAAGCGGUUGGUAGUUGUUUGUUAGAUGUACCUUUGGUAGGUCAAGUCGAAGUCUUUUCAACACAUCUUUAUGCUCCUCAUGAUGUACCUGCACCUGAAUGGAAACGUGCUCAUCGAACUGCUCAAGCAUGGGAACUUGGAAAACUGGCCAAGGCUUCUGCUGAACGCGGUAGGACAGUAUUUGUUUGCGGUGACUUGAACUCGGUACCGUCUUCAUUACCUAUCACUAUCUUACAAGCUCAUGGUCAACUACGAGACUCUUGGCAAUCCUCACAUCCUACUAAUCUUUCAUGUAUCACUAACAACGAAGCAAGUUAUCGAAAUGCGAUUAAAGAAGAAGGUAUCACAUGUGAUUCGUUGAUCAAUACCUUUACGGCUUCUAAAAACGCAGCGAAUAGAGGAGCCAAAGGGUUUGGGAAACGAUUAGAUUAUAUUUUAUUUAGACCGGCAGCUAAACGGAUCACUCAACGAGACAAACAUGGUAGAUGUCAAACUGAGUUUAUAGAUGAUCAAGUCAUCAAUUGUGAUGAUUGCCAUGUGACUUUAACCGAUCCGAUUCCAGUGUUUGGUUACUCUUAUUCAGAUCAUUUCGCUUUACAAGCUACGUUUACGAUUUAUCCUAAUUCGAUGGAAUCGAUACUUGAAAAUCAAUUAAAUCAUGAUUCAUCAUCGACUUCGACUUCUACUAAACUUAAUUUGAAUCAUACAUCACCUCCACCUACUUUAACAACCGAACAUUUAAAUAAUUCGUUAUCUGCUUUAAUGACCAAGUAUAGAUCAUCCGAAAGAUCAUCAAGUUUUCAAUUAUGUUUGUUUGGGAUUUGUUUGGUCUUGGUACCUGGAAUUUCAAUUGCUGCAAGUUUUCAACCUUUAAGUUUUUUGAAUUGGAUCUUCACUUUAUUGAGUGUUUUGAUUGGAGGUUUUGGGAUGACAAUGUUGUAUACGGGUUUCUUGGGUGGCAAUUGGGAAAGAAGUUCGAUUAAGGAAGUGUGUGAGGAAAUGCAAUUCGAGUUGGAAAGGUUAAGGAAGACUGAUCAGAGGAAAGAUUUGUUUGAUCAGAGGAAAGAUUUGUUUGAUGAGAGGAAUUGUGGUGUUGGGAAUGGGAAUUCGAAUGGGAAUUCGAUUGGGAAUGGGAAUGGGAUUCUUAAUAAGUAA